CUUAAGAAUGGAAAGCAGCAAGAUUAUCUCAACUGAAAAAGCGACAGUCGUCAUUCAAGUAAACCCACAGCUGACACAAAAUACUUUCGUUAGUGAUGAUGGACAGGAGGGCAGAGGAUCAUAUCACUAUAUGGCUCUUAAAGAAUUUUUCAAGGCACAACCAAAGGCACUGGGGACUGUCCAGAUAAUGACAGGAGUGAUAUUUUUCUCGUUUGGAAUUGUCCUCACCACCAAUGAUGACUUCAGAUACCCCUAUCCACAUUUGUCUGUAUUUAGUGGCAUCACCUACUGGGGAUCUCUUGUUUACAUCAGUGCUGGAUCUCUGUCUGUUGCUGCUCAGAAUAAACUUCAUGCAUGUGUGGUGAAAGCAUCUCUUAUAAUGAACGUGCCCAGUGCCAUAACUGCAGUGGCUUCAAUUACUCUGAUGUCCAUGGAUUUAUUCCUUGUUAAUUAUCGCUGCCACUAUGACUCUGACUGUGGAAGUUUAAUGAGGUAUAAUCUGGGAAUCCUUGGAAUUUUGCUGGUCUUCUCCAUCCUUCAGUUUAUCAUCUCCAUCUGUAUCUCAGGAUUUGCCUGCAAGGUCACCUGCAACAGCGACUCUGCCGUGGUGAACGUGGCUCUAAAUCAGGCAUAGUGUCACAGUGAAGACAUCUACAGUAUUUACAACAUUACUUGCCUCUAGUAACCAAGUGUUCACUAAACAAAUAACAUUACUCUGAUAGCAUUGAUUUAACAACCUUAAUAUCAGGCAAUGUUAUUUAUCUGUGUUUUAGCAGUCUUGUCUUCUUGAUUGCUUGUCACAGGAUAAAAAUUUGUCUUUGACGCUGGUUAUAGAUACAUUCACAUUAAUACUUAGAAACACAUAAAAUGGGGUAAGGUUAAAAAGGGGUUGAGUUAGUUGUAUAACUUGUGUAAUUUUUUAACACGUUGCUA